UCCGCGUUCGAAAACACGACGCAUAUGAGGCAAGUUGGGUCGGUUACCAUUACCACUAUCACUCAAUCAUCAUUGGAUCAGCGAAAGAGCGGUGUGAGUGCAACAACGAGCAACGAAGCAGUAGCAACAUAUUGCGAAAGAAAUUCGAUCGAACGUAAACUGUUUGAUCGAUCUAAAGAGGACAGAAUGUCGAGCGGAAUGGAUGAAUGCAAACUGAAGGGUGGUCAUCCUCCGGCAGUAAAGGCGGGCGGUAUGAGGAUAACCCAGCACAAGACGCCGAAGGACGAACGCGAGAUGAAGCCUAGCAAGGAUGUCGAAGAGAGCAGACCGUCUAGCAGUCCGCCGAAGACGAUAAUGAUUAGCGGUGUCCCAGCCAAAGGGAAGGCCGAUUUUCCGCCGGAAGCUGUGCAACACUUUCAUGAGAAGCCUACACCGACGCAUGAUGCACGACUGGCGCACUAUUCGCGUCCUAUUAUCAUUCAACAGCCCAGAAAGUGAAUUGCAUUUUGCAAAUCAUACAUUGAACUAGUGGAUCUCGGUCCACAGAGUCAUCCGUUGAGUUUACGCGAGAAAGAAAAUUAUAAUUAUAUAAAUAUAUAUGGGAGAUAUAAGUAAGUGUGUGUGUGUAUAUAUAUAUAUAUAUAUCUACACACACAUACAUACGUAUAAGCGUACUUAAAAGUCUUUAAAAAAAGGUUAAAAUCGAAGAAUUUGGACUUCGUGCGGUAGUUUUGCGCUACUUGAUUCUUGAUCUUUUAACCGAUGAUUAUUAUUCUUUUUACAACUAAUUAACUCUAUAUAUACACAUACAUAUAUAUACACACACAUACACACACACAGAGGGUGUCCGAUAAUAACCGUAUCAUCUCUCGUAUGCAGGUAGAGCAGGUAAAGCCGAAAAGUCCUUUAUCAUUUUGCGAUUUCCGUAAUAAUUAUUAAAAAAUUAAUUAAAAAAGACCAAUUCGCGCAGUAACCUUCUUGGUUUCACCUGCUCUACCUGCAUAUAUCAGUUAUUAUCGAACACCCAAUAGAGUUAGUUAGAUUGUCAUAACUAUCGGUUAAAGAAUUAAGAGAGCACGAUUUCGUAUACUUGGGUAUUAACCAUCUUGCGAGAGAUUACUAUAUUGUUAACAAUGAAAAAGGAAAGUUUAUUUUUUUGGACGCCACAAGAUUCCUGCAUCGGCAUUUAAGGGGCUUUUGCGAGUAUAUUUUUGACUCGUUAUCAUUUUUAUUUUAUCGUUCCUUUUUACAGACACAACAUGUUUGCUAUGAUUAUAUUAAGUAUUAUUGUAAUACGAUUACGCAAUAUGAUCACUAUUUUUGGGACCAGUAUAUACUGCGAUUCAUGAUAAAAUUUUUGCACUUGGUUACAUUUUCAACUUUGUGCAAUCUUUUUUCUUUUUAUUUUAGUAUCCACCUGAGCAUAGAAUAGAAAUUCACAACGCGUUAAUAUUAUUUUGGAUUUCAGGGAAUUAAAAUUUUUCGUUGAUGUAAAUAUCAAGACUAUAAAUGUCGAGUAAGAUUCGUAAUUGGCGACAGUUUGUAUAACACUUUAGAGAGAAUAAACAUUCGUAUAUAUACGAAACUAA